GGUAUCCAUUUCGGGGUCAUCGGUCAUGGCCGUAGGCCUCUCUCCUCCUUCUCUCUGCUGAUCUCUCAAACCGGUCAAUCCACGCCGGGGCGGUCGCCAUAGAGCGAUGAGGGCGGCGACGGUGGUGGCGGUGGUCGUGGCGGUGGCUCUAGGGAUGGUGGCGACGCCGGCGGAGGCUGGGGACAACAACCGGGUGUUCCAGCCGUGCGCGGACGCCAAGAUCCAGAAAGGAGACGGCUUCACCUUCGGCAUCGCCUUCUCCACCCGAGAGUCCUUCUUCUUUAACCAGACCCAGCUCUCCCCCUGCGACCGCCGCCUCUCCCUCGCCUCCGGCGGCAACGCCCAGCUCGCCCUCUUCCGCCCCAAGGUCGACGAGAUCUCCCUCCUCACGGUCAACACCACCUCCUACCCUGCCGUGACUAAUGGUGGAUUCAUGGUAGCAUUUGCCGGUAGGAAGUAUGCAGCACGAUCCCUUCCAACAUUUGUCAGUAACAGUUCAUACACUGUUACCAGUUUUACCCUGGUACUUGAGUUCCAAAAGGGUACACUUCAGAACUUGUAUUGGAAGAGAGAUGGUUGUGCUUCAUGUUCAGGAAAGUCAGACUUCGUUUGUCUGAACAAACAAGAAUGUGCAAUUAAAACAUCCAAUUGCAAGAGCGCGAACCAGGGUGGCUCAGUUGAUUGCAGCAUUGGAAUACAAUUGGCCUUCUCAGGAACAGAUAAGCAUUAUGCUGUCCUCAAUUCAUGGUAUGAGGUUUCCAACCUCCAGCAGUACUCCCUUUAUGGACUGUAUUCCAACCUUAGAGAUUCUCUCACCGGCCAGUACAACAAAAUCUUCUAGCUUGUUGGAUUGGGUAAACUCCUUGCUGGAACUGCUGCUGUAAUUUUCUUUGAUCAUGUCUCCCAUACAUUUUCUUCUGUAUUGGAAGUUGCUGUGAAAUUGCUUGAUGCUUGAAGUCAAGGCUGUCUACUCCUGUAAUCCACAUGUAUUUGCUGGUGCUUGACCAUAUUCAUUUGUUUGCCAUUGUAAAUUUCAUCUCUCAUUUUCUGUUUCUUUUUGGAGUCCGAACAUCUGGAUUGUUUAUUCAUUUGCUUCUGGUGGUGGUUGUUGCCCUUGAGCGUCA